GUCAUGGACCCGCUUUCAGAGCUGCAGGAUGACCUGAACUUGGAUGACACAAGCCAGGCUCUGAACCAGCUGAAGCUAGCCUCCAUUGAUGAGAAGAACUGGCCCUCAGACGAAAUGCCCGACUUUCCCAAGUCAGAUGACUCCAAAAGCAGCUCCCCAGAACCUGUUACACACCUGAAGUGGGAUGACCCUUACUACGACAUCGCCCGGCACCAGAUUGUGGAGGUGGCAGGAGAUGACAAGUACGGGCGGAAGAUCAUUGUGUUUAGUGCCUGCCGAAUGCCCCCGAGCCACCAGCUGGACCAUAGCAAGCUCCUGGGGUACCUGAAGCACACCCUGGACCAGUAUGUAGAGAGUGACUACACGCUGCUCUACCUGCACCAUGGCCUGACCAGCGACAACAAGCCCUCCCUCAGCUGGCUCCGGGACGCCUACCGCGAGUUUGACCGCAAGUACAAGAAGAAUAUUAAGGCCCUGUACAUCGUGCACCCCACCAUGUUCAUCAAGACCCUGCUCAUCCUCUUUAAGCCCAUCAUCAGCUUCAAGUUUGGGCAGAAGAUCUUCUAUGUGAAUUACCUGAGUGAGCUGAGUGAGCAUGUGAAGCUGGAGCAACUGGGGAUCCCUCGCCAAGUGCUCAAGUAUGAUGACUUCCUCAAGUCCACACAGAAGAGCCCUGCCACGGCCCCCAAGCCCAUGCCACCACGGCCCCCUCUGCCCAACCAGCAGUUCGGGGUCUCGCUGCAGCACCUCCAGGAGAAGAACCCAGAGCAGGAUCCGAUCCCACUCGUGCUCCGGGAGACCAUUGCCUACCUGCAGGCCCAUGCUCUUACCACUGAGGGGAUUUUCCGGAGGUCGGCCAACACUCAAGUUGUACGAGAAGUCCAGCAGAAGUACAACAUGGGGCUGCCGGUGGACUUCGACCAGUACAACGAUUUGCACCUGCCAGCAGUCAUCCUCAAGACCUUCCUCCGGGAGCUUCCUGAGCCCUUGCUCACCUUUGACCUCUACCCCCAUGUGGUGGGCUUCCUCAACAUUGAUGAGAGCCAGAGAGUGGAAGCAACACUGCAGGUGCUCCGGACGCUGCCUGAGGAGAACUACCAGGUGCUCCGUUUCCUCACUGCCUUCCUGGUGCAGAUUUCUGCCCAGUCUGAGCUGAACAAGAUGACCAACACUAACCUGGCUGUUGUCUUUGGCCCUAACCUGCUGUGGGCCAAGGAUGCUGCCAUCACCCUCAAGGCCAUUAAUCCCAUCAACACGUUCACCAAGUUCCUUCUGGAUCACCAAGGGGAAUUAUUCCGCAGCCCUGACUCCAGGGGGCUCUGA